AGCAACCACGACUGAAACUGGCGACUACGCGCAUGCGCACCGCAGACCUAACGCUGAUGCAAGAGGUUUUUCGGCGCAGCAUUGUGGUGCUGAUCGAGGGACACAAAGUAGCCACAUUUCAGCCACUUCCAAGGCCGCAACCAUGUCAGGAGACGAGAUGAUUUUCGAUCCCAACAUGACCAAGAAGAAGAAGAAGAAGAAGAAGCCCUUCAUGCUGGAUGAGGACGGAGGAGAAGGGGUUGGAGGAGAAGAGACUAAAGAGGUGGAAGCGAAGGAGGCAGAGCCGGAAGCUGGAGACGACAGGGAGCUGGAUUUCGAUGAUGAUGAUAGCAGGAAGAAAGAGCCGUCUGAUGAUUUGAACGACCUGAACUUCUUUAACCAGAAGAAAAAGAAGAAGAAAACCAAGAAAUUAUUUGAUAAUGAUGUUGAGGAGGGAUUAAAGGAGCUGAAAAUUGAAGGAGAGCAAACAGAGGUGUUGGAGGAAGACAACUUGGACCUGGUGCUUCCUACCAAAAAGAAGAAGCCAAAGAAAGUAGACUUUGAUGAAGGAGAGCCACUGGAGAAGGACGACGCUCUGGAGGACGAUGAGGGAAAGAACAACGAUGGAAUUUCAUUCAGCUCCUCCACGGGACCGGCCUGGGCUGGCUCUGAAAGAGACUAUACUUAUGAUGAGCUCCUGAACCGAGUCUUCAACAUCAUGAGAGAGAAGAACCCUGACAUGGUGGCCGGAGAGAAGAGGAAGUUUGUGAUGAAGCCUCCUCAGGUGGUCCGAGUGGGAACAAAGAAAACCUCCUUCGUCAACUUCACAGACAUCUGCAAACUGUUGCAUCGUCAGCCUAAACAUCUCCUCGCUUUCCUGUUGGCUGAGUUGGGAACAAGUGGUUCUAUAGACGGAAAUAACCAGCUUGUGAUCAAAGGCAGAUUUCAACAGAAACAGAUAGAAAAUGUGUUGAGAAGAUAUAUCAAGGAAUACGUGACGUGUCACACUUGCCGCUCCCCAGAGACCAUCCUGCAGAAGGACACUCGCCUCUAUUUCCUGCAGUGUGAAACGUGCCACUCCCGCUGCUCCGUUGCCAGCAUCAAGACCGGCUUCCAGGCUGUGACAGGCAAGAGGGCGCAGCUCCGCGCCAAAGCCAACUAAAGACCACCGAAACUGGGCUCGCCAUCCUCUCUCGGCCUCCCCCUUUCCUCCCCCCUUCCCCCCCAAGAAGGGCCGAGCUGGGGUUGGGCGCCCCCUUGGUUCGCUAAAAGGACUCUCUGAAUCGAACUGCGGGAGGGUUUGGCUGUUGUUUAGUUGUGUCGUGGGCCUGACCAGGCAGGGAGUGAGAGAGUAUCUAGAGAUGACAGAUGGGGUUCAGGCACUGUAAGCAGAUGAUGUGUACCACAUAUACUGUUGGAUGCAUUUGAUUUGUUGUCUGGAUGAUGAACCCUCCACCUCCUAGGUUAUUUUUUUUUUCCAUUUGCUGUGAUUCUUGAUUCCUGCAAGAAAACCCUGAUUUAAUAUGGCUUGAAUCCUUACUCAUUCUUUCUCCUCCCACUUUACACACACUAGACAAGAAUAUUUCUUCAAAUACAUUCAUACUUCAUGCAACAAGCCAAGUUGUAAGCUAAGUUGACAGUGAGCCGUAGCCAUGUGGCUCGCGUGGUCACCUCUUUAUUCUUGAAUUCAACAUCGCUUAAACUAAAGGCUGUGUUUAUGUUUUGGUCUGGCUCUAAAUCACAAAACUGUCCAGAUUUUUCUUGCCUAGCUAAUCAAAAAAUUAAAGUCACAGGGUUGGAGUACAUGUUAGGAGGUUUUGUCUCUGUAACCUGUGUCUGUGACAGGCUCCUAACACCUCCCUUUGAUCAUUUUAUAGCAGGAGAUGACCACAAAGUCAAACAACUAGGGGUUAAUAAAGAGGUAAUGAUAGAGAGAUUGUGUGUGUGAGAGACAGCCAGAGAAAUCAUACAUUGUCAUUUGGUGAUUUUUGUGGCAUGGAUAAGCAAUUAUCUACUUAAUUAUAUCUACCUUUUGACUUCUGAAGUUGAGAACAACACAUUUUAGCGAACGUUUCAGAUUUGAUUAGAACGAUGUGAAAAUUAAUAAAGUCUUUUUGUCAAGAAGAGCAGGUUUCUUGAGAUAAUACCAGUCACCUAACACGAACACUUAAAUACCCCUAAAAAACAAAUCUGAGCAGGCACCUCGGAUCUCCUCUAACAGGAUGCUAUUUUCAAGUGUGAUUCAAGGAGUUCACAUCACAAGCUAGCCAGAAUAUGAAGUCCAGUCAUACCAUGAUAUUGGUUCUGUUCUUGCAAGAGAAGAAUGUGGAUAAGAAGGUCUGAUUUGAAUCAUUUUAAAACCUGGUUUUUACAAAAAUAAAAUAUUCUACUCUCUCUCCA